CCAGUUGUCUAGAUAGGCAAAGUAAGUUCCAGAUGUUUACCUUACUCCUGGACCCUCUCUCUCCGAGGGCGUAGCGUUGCGUGACAGAGAGAGGAGAACAGAACUGGACUUCUACACAGUUUGUGGGGUUUAUUAUUUGUGAGGUCUAUUGUGUCCAUUGUGUUAGUCUGAAUUUUAUAUUAAUAUAUCGAAAUUGGUCUAUUGCAUCGCAUCUGCGUUCGAUUACAUUGUAAUGCAAAUGAGGAAAGCUAACCAGUUAAAUUAAAAGGGCUAUUGGGCUGAAUUGUAUGCACCAAUAAAUCGAUGUACGUAUGUGAAAACAGUCAGGGUUUUUAUUUAUUGGGCACAUUCCUCGUGUGUAGGAAACACAUCGUGAUUGGCCUGCAAGGGCAACCGGUUUGGAACAAGGCGCCGAUAAAAUCCUUAGAACUUGUGAGGUGAAGGAAGAGCCCUGGAAAUGAGAUCACGGUCGUAAAUGAAAUAUGUACGCCGUAUGAAGUGGUUAGAACAGUAUUGUUGAAUUUCUUCAGACCGAGACCGAGUAUUAUAGUCCUUUAGCCUUAGUUUUGAACACCCCUUUACAAAGCUCCCCCAAACCAUUGCAAAUGAUAAAACGUGUACCCGUCUAGCUCCUCCCAUAUGUUCACCGGCUGGCUGACCUCCCUCCCGGGUCAACAAAUAAACAUGCACCAAUAAACGUUCGCGAAAAUAAAACCAAACAAAGUUUUAAGGUCAGCAGAGCGUCACAAUCCAAAGGCUCUUGGAACAUACAGAAAGUGUUCGCUGUGGAAUAUUACUCAGGUUAACCUCUGACUUGUAAUCUAACAGAUGCCAUGUCUGAGUCUGUAGAAGUAAAUGGGGAGUGUGAUAAAAAAUUGAAAGCUUAGAAAACGCACAUCAUAAAUAUCAUGAUCGGUUGGAGCACAUUGUACAAUGGAUAAAAUAACUGAACUUGCUUUCAAGUCGCAAACUGUAUGUGGUGCUGUUCAUUUUGUUCUGUUUCUGGUCUCCUGGCCCACAAUAAUUGGUUUGCUGAAGGGUUUGCAUGACACAGAUAAGGAGAAUUUCAACUGUAUCCCCAAGCCUAGUGAUGUCACGCAACAACUAUGUUAUAAUGACUACAUUUCCACCGUGAGCCUAUUGUUAAUACCACUUAAUUUUGCUCUUAUCAUCGGUGGUAUUUUGGGUUUCUUUUGGGUAGUCUUUAUUCUUUACAGUGUCUUAGCACUACGGCAAAUCAAUAAGGAAGGGGACAGCAAUGAAAAGAAAUGCCUGUCAAAGCGAUAUAUGUGGAGGUUUUUUUUUCAUGUUUGCAUUCAACUUGCUGCUCUUGGUGUGAUGAUGGGGCUCUUCUGUGGCUUCCAGACCCUUCAUCUUCCAGUGGUGUACAUCUGCUCACAAGGGAACAGCACCCAAAUUCCCACCAACCAAGUGAAUAUGACAUGCAAUGAUUUACAUCACAGGCAGAAAUCCAAACUGAACAUUGGCGUUGUUACAAUUAUGGCAAUAUCCAUUGUUCUCUGCAUAGUUUCAAUUAUUCACUUGUUCUUAACAAGAAAGGACUUUCUAAAACAAUUGCUUGGAGACCAAGAAAUUGACAAUCAAACAAUUCGUUCAGAAAGGGUAAAAGCAGAAGGUCACACAGAAAAUCACAAAGGUAUUGGAAUGAGCACCAUGGCACAUUUUUAUGCAGUCACGCACGGAGGUGAAUUUUAUAAGGGAAUUCCACCCAUGAGUACUUCUGAAAGCUGGAUGACCUCAGCCGUACAAAUUGGAACAACAGGUUGGGCCGACUUCCGCCAUCUUUUCUUCCAUCCAGACGGCACCUUAUUUGGCGUGGUGAAUGACAAGUUCUACAAGGCACCACCCCCCAAGAGUUCAUCAUUUGAGGGGUGGAUCGCUCAAGCUACUCUUAUAGGCGACGGUGGAUGGGAUUCUUUCAAGUUUCUGUUCUUUGAUCCGGAAGGAGUGCUGUAUGCUGUUCAUGAUGACAGGCUUUACAAGCGGGACCCCCCGUCCAGCGACCAAGAUCACUGGCUUGGAUCUGCCACACUGGUUGGAGCCGCAGGGUGGUCCGACUUCGAUUUCCUCUUCUUCGACCCAAAGGGUUUCUUAUAUGGCGUCGAAAACGGCAAGUGUCAUAAGCGGAAACCCCCCGUAGAUAGAAAUGACAGCUGGCUGGGGUCGUCUGAUUUUAUCGGUGGCGAGCGCUGGUAUGGUUACAAUCAUUUUUUGUUCCUGGCGAGUGGUGACUUAUACAGCGUCAACGCCGGCAGACUUUUCAAGGAGUUACCCCCAAGUGGUGGGCUUGGUUAUUCCUCAAUCGUGAUUGGCCUUAGGGGGUGGGAUAUGUUUAAAUACUUGAUGUCUCCCCUCAGCCACACGUGAGAAACUAUCGACAUGGCAACAGAUGCCGUGGCAACAGUGCCACCCCUAGAUUAAAUUAAAUGUCGAAGAAGUCGAGGUCAGUGGAAUUAUUAUCAAGCCUUUUCAAUUGGUAAUUGCUUAGUACUUUGCAGGAACUAAAGCAUUCUAUAACAAACAAACAAACAAACAAACAAUAGUUUAUUCUAUCAGCAUAAUUUAAAACAGUUACAAAUACAAAUAACCAGAAAUCGUAACGCCUGUAGAAUUCCAACUUAACUAGUUUGAACAUUGUUGAUGGAAUAUAUUUCAAUUAAUAAGUUAGAAUAAAAACAGUAUUUUUGUAUCUACUCGACUGAGGCUUAGACCAGGCCUAUUUGCGGACAUUUAAGAAUUUUACUUGUUUCUAGUUACUUUAGAUGAGAUUUAGGUCUAGGGGAAAAGUCCUUAUGAAGUUUCGUGGUUUUCUACGUGAUCUGCAUAUACUGGUAACAGACAUAAUGUAUUUUGCUCCGUCCAUUUUGGGACAUCAUGACUCUACUUUGACAUUUAUAGUUAUGAAUAUGCUUUUAGUAAACUUUCCCAACUUGAAUCCCAUAUAUGCAUUGCCUAAAUAACUUAAGGAAACAAACUUCCGAUGUAUCCUUUAGAUAUAUCAAUCCAUUUUUAGUUCAGCAUUUUUAUGUCAACUUGGGCGUCGCCUCUUGUUGAGAAUUUUGUAGAACAGCUAAGAAUUGAGUCGUGAUCUAACUAUGUGUUUAUUUGAUUAAACUUAGGUUUCUCACCGGUAAAUAGUUUCUAGUAACAUCUAGUGUUUUUUCUUACUAGUGAAAGCUGUAUUGUAUAAUUUAAAGUAUAAGUUUAACCUUAGUGUAAAAACUUUGGUUAGCAACUGAAAUCGCGUGAUAAACAUACGAUGAUUAUCUUUUGAGCUAUCAGUUGUAAGGAAAAGAUAAUCAAAAGAGAAUCUAGAGGAACGUUUAUCAGGUCAGUGAAAUGUGAAGAAGGAAAAUAAUUGAAUGUGAUACCAGUAGAGACCGACCCUGCAGAGAAGCGUUAAACCAAGAGAAGAAAGGAAAAGACAAGAGUUAAAAGUAAGAGUUAAAAGUAAGAUUACUUAAAUAAAAUCUUUCUGUUGAAUUGUUGGUUGUUGUCGACACGGGGUAUCUCGCUCAUAUCGUAAAUCUGGUCUUUCACCGCUCACUGCCAGCGUUUUUUUGUUUUUUGGGGGCGGGGGGUGGGGGAGGGGCUGCUAAGAAUCGCUAUCGCACAAGGAGCCCUGUUCAAUCCUCAGUUUUUGGGUUUCGAUUGAGAAGAACGUAGAUUUUCAAGCAUUCGCAGAGAAAGUUCAGAGGACUCGCCAUCAGUAGAACUAAGUGGACUAAACCUCUACAUUUGAAUUAAGAGUAUGCUUCGAUUCUGAUUGCUAUAAUUAGAGAUUUUAAAAAGCAUUUGAAAGCUUUAGAGAUAAAAUAUCUGUGAUCGAGCUUGACUCCGUCUACAAUACUGGGCACAGUUUUCAGUUCAGAUAUGAUUUUUAGUUCUCUUGUUCUUGUUGCGGCUGUUAAUCAGCUCACUGUGUUUAGACUAGUUGAGUAAAAAAGAAACAAUUGGAAAAGUUUGUUUUCGGAUGGAAUUAAAUAUACCGUCAUAUGA